AUGGCUUCCUAUAGAAAUCCAGCUUAUGGUAUUAAUAGUAGAUCUACAUAUGAUCAAAUAAGAUAUCCCUAAUCAAUGAAUAUAGAUAUUAAUACAUAGAAACCUUUGAGUAUAGAAUCAGGGCCAGGAUUACCAAUUUAAUUUGGGUCUGCAUCUGCAAGAGCUUAUGCAUAAGAAGUAUACAUCAAAUUAAGUAUAAUAGUUCUAAAUAUCACCUGAAAUUUAAGCAUUAAAUAAAUAAUAGCAAUUUUAGUAACCAAGUCAAGGAGCUGAAAUUAUAUAAAAUAUAAUAUAACCUUAGCCUAUAUACUAAGAAAUUCAACAUUUGGAUAAACCAGUUAAGGUUGUACCUCGUACUGAUAUUGAAGAGCCAUGGAGAAGUAUAAUUCAAUAUUGAUCAUAGAUAAAUGUACAUUCUUAGAAAAAUAAAUAUACGAUUUGCAAUAAGAAAAUUUUAAAUUAAAAUCAUAAAAUAUUGCAUCUGAAAAGAUUAGUUAUUUUGAAGAUACAGGAAGAGUUAAUUAAUUAAUGUAAGAAGUGGAUAGACUCAAUAAGACAAUUUUAGAUUUGAAUUCAGAAAUUGAUUAAUGGAGACAUAGAUAUUCAAGUUUAGAAGAUUAAUUGAAAACAAGAUCUAAUGUUGAAAUGGAAAUUGAAAGAAUGAAGAGAGCUGUAUAAGAUAAUGAAAAUAUUGUAUAAAUCGAAAUGAAUAGACUUAGAGAAUAAUUAGAUUAAUGGUAAAUAAGAUGUUAAUCUCUUGAAUCUUAGAGGUUUGAAGCCUAAGAAUUUUUAGCAAAAUCAAGAACAAAAGAUUAAAAUAUUUGUAAUAUUGAAGAUUAAUUUUGUAGUCAAUUUAUAAUCAGACUUAAAGAAAGCAGAGCUUAAUUUGAAAUUAAAAUAAGAUGAUUUAGAUACUGUUUAAUAAAAAUUAAAUAGAUUGGAAAAAAUAGUUUAAGAGACUGAAUAUUAAAACUAAGAAAUUACUAAGUAAUUAUUAAAAUUCAUCUUUUUUAGUCUUAGAAAAAUCAUUGAUGAUAGAAAUAAAGAAAUAGAAAUUUUAAGAAGAUAAAGUUAAUCAUAAUUUACAAAUUAAAAUUUAAAGGAUUUAGAAAGCAAAGUUUCUAUAUUUUAAAAUGAAUGCAAUAGAUUAAAUUAAUUAUUAAAUCACAAGGAAUAAGAACUUUAAUUAUAUAGAGAUUAAUUAAAGAGAUAAUCUCAUUAUAGUAAUAAAUAAUGA